AGCGCGCCUCGCCGCCAUGGCGUCUGCGCUGUCCAGUCAUAAGCCGGUAGUGGCGGCGACUUCCCCUCAGGAAGCCGGGUCUCCGCCUCCUCCUCCCAUCCCGCCUGCUCGGCGGCGGAGGCGGCGGCGGCGGCAGCGGUUGUUCCUGCCUCUCCGCCACCUCCACCGCGGCUUAUCCCCUGGCUGGUGGCGUUGGCGGGGCGGGGGACAGUAGUUGUAGACGCCCGCCCCUGCCUCAGAGAAGAUACCACAUUGAAUGAACAAAGACUGAACUUUGUUUACAGAUACCUUUUAUAAAAGAUGUCUGUGGAGUAGUGUUACAGUUCAAAUAACAAAGGAUUUUGCAUUAUGAGAUGAAUGAGAGUGGAGAAUUGGACAAAAAUUGAUUUUUAAUUUCCGAAUUAAAAUCCCGGUUUUUAGCUCACCAGUUAUUCUAUAGUCUCACUAUUUGAAAGUUCAUGCUGAAAAACUGAGUGAAUAUGAUCAGAUUUCUCCACCAAAUUCACAGCCUGAUAAGGAAAAUCCCAUUUUGUCAACCUAAUGAAGCAUUCAAAGAAGACAUAUGACUCUUUUCAAGAUGAACUUGAAGAUUAUAUUAAAGUACAGAAAGCCAGAGGCUUAGAGCCAAAGACUUGUUUCAGAAAGAUGAGAGGGGACUAUUUGGAAACCUGUGGGUACAAAGGAGAGGUUAAUUCCAGACCCACGUAUAGAAUGUUUGACCAGAGACUCCCAUCUGAAACCAUCCAGACCUACCCAAGAUCAUGCAAUAUUUCACAAACAGUGGAAAAUCGGUUGCCUCAGUCAUUACCAGCCCAUGACAGCAGAUUGAGACUAGACUCUCUGAGCUACUGUCAGUUCACCAGGGACUGUUUCUCAGAAAAACCAGUACCCCUGAACUUCAAUCAACAAGAAUAUAUUUGUGGCUCACAUGGUGUAGAAUCUAGAGUUUACAAGCACUUCUCCUCAGGUAACAGUACCAGUACUCAUCAAGCCAGUCACAAACAGAUACAGCAGAAGAGGAAAAGGCACCCAGAGGAAGACAGAGAAAAAUCAGAGGAGGAGCGGUCUAAGCAUAAGAGAAAAAAAAUCUGUGAGGAAAUUGAUUUAGACAAACACAAGAGCAUCCAAAGAAAGAAAACAGAGGUGGAAAUAGAAACUGUGCAUGUCAGUACAGAAAAGCUUAAGAAUCGAAAGGAGAAAAAAAGCCAAGGUGUAAUCUCUAAGAAAGAGGAACGGAAGCGUACAAAAAAGAAAAAGGAACAAGGCCAAGAAAGGACAGAGGAGGAAAUGCUUUGGGAUCAGUCUAUUCUUGGAUUUUGAAGCUUUCAAAGUUGGUUCUCCCAAAGUUAAAUUGAAAAAAUAGGUGAGAGCUUGGUUUUAUGAUGUCCACGUUCAUACCACUUUUCUUAUGUGAAUAGGUUCUUUAACUUCUAACAAAGGCCUAGUGAACAGAAAGUGUUUAGCAUGCUUGCUCUCCAACACAGAAAUUACUUUUCCUCAUUUUCUAAAAGCAUUAUUACAUUUUUUUGACAUAUAGUGUAAUUUCCUUUAAUGAAAGUGACUCUGCUUUUAUUCAUCAAAUUGGUUUGAUGGUGGAAUUAUUUUCUUUUGGGAGGUUAUUUAUUUUGAAUUGGAGGAUUAAUGACCUUUGCACAAUCUGUUUCUUGAUUGGGUUUGGUAUAGUUUUGAGUUGGGUAUUUUAUGUUCAUUGGUUUUUCUCUAUGAAGCAAUUUUUUUCUCCUUUAUUAGAUCUAACUUGCAGUGUAUUUUCUAGGCUGGAAAGUGGAAAAUGAAAUACAUUAUAAUCUUAGGUUACAUAAUGUUUCUAAAGUUUAAAAGAAUCUUGAUACAAAAUCAGUUUAUAUUCUGAAAAUAUUUAUAAUAAAGUAUUCUAAUUUCUA